AAGACACUGUAUCAUCACUUAUCCAAGUCAAGCAAUUUUUGCUCCCAUUACUUAAUGCUAAUUCCUUAUCUCUUAAGCAAUUUUUACAUGAAUUACGAAGUAUUACUGAUGCCAAUCCCUCUUUAGGUAGUAAAAUAGCAUUAUGUAAUAGCAGCAAUAUGGCAUUACAAAAUAUGUAUAAUAAUAUUUCGAAUCGUGGUGAAGUGACCAAGGAAAAAAUCCGCAAUGCAGUAAAGAAAGGAACAUACACAUUCAAGCGAGUAAGUAAAGAUGAUAAAUGUUCUGUGAUGCUAACCUAUCCAUCUAGCACAGAGUCCAAACCAUACAGCUUGAAUGAUUUGCAUGAUUUACGUGGACGAGCUCUUUUAAUCUCUAAACCUGGAGCUGCAGUGGAUUUAACUGCGAUUCACGGUGAAAAUGAUCUAGCAAAAAAUGUGAUGGAUGAAUUUGUAGUACAGGUUGAUUUAGCAAAUGAGAUUAUAAACAUUGCAUCAAAAUUAAUUCAAAUGGGUCAUUUUGGAUAUCGUGAAUUUAGUAGAGCUGCAAAGGGAACUGAACCUUUACAAAAGUUGGAACAUGAAUUGAAAGUGGACCUGAAACAAUGGGAAGAUUUGGUAAAUAAAGCACAAGAAAAACAUUACUAUUUAACCUUCUUUCCCGCACGUCAUAUCCUGGCCUUUUAUGAUUAUUUCACGAAUAAAGAUGAUCCCAAUAACGUAGGACAGAUCCUUAACAACGAAGAAUGCCGUACACUUAUACGAUUUGUUAAUAGUGAGGCUAAGUUGCCAUCGCGUUCUGCGGAAUUAAUUAUCUCAAGUGAAGAUCAAAAUUAUUAUCAAAUUCUUUGCCAAAUUGGAACUAAAUUACAAAACAUUUUUGAAAGUGUUCCUAAAAAAAGGCGUGAUGUUAGAGAUAAGGGUGGGCGCAUUAUGUCAGAUGUUGUGUAUCAAGGAAAGUUGUUCGUUGCUGCCUGCAGUGAUAAAAAUCUUGUUCCAAAUAUUAUCAUGAGUUUAUAUGUUAAUCACGGGACAUAUCCUCAACCGUGGCAGUUACUAAUAUGUACUACUUCUACAACCAUGGAAGAACUCUCAAUUUUUAUCAAGCGAUGCUUCUUUGCCGCUAGCAAUGGGUACGAUGGAUACUUGUUCUGUAUUGCAAACCUAGAAUUACUUGACUUUGAGCUGCAGUAUAAUCUUGUUAACAACAUCCGAUCAAUGCGCAAAGAACAAACCAAUUAUCAUUUAGCGCUUAUCUGUUGUCGUGAAACUGGAAUGCAUCAUCAUAUUUUGGAUCAAUUUUCACAGGAGGUUUAUGCGACAAAUGGACUUGGAAUUGAAGCCAUGAAGGUGAUUUAUCGUGAAUUACGUCCCGAUAAUGUUUUGUGUUUGUCAUCUGAUUUGUCGGGUCAAGGUAAAUCCGAGUAUAUUCGUCAAAGUAGUUUUGCUUGUAAAAAAGUCCCCAGAAGCUUCCUUAUUAGCGAUGGGGUUGAUUUUGGAACACUUGUUCAUCAAUUCAAGGAAUUUGAAGUUCGACCGGUUGAAAGUUUACAUAUAAACAUUGUAUCAGCUGAUCAUCCGGUGGACGUUAAUAUGUUUUUAUUUGAAUUGUUGACGUUGGGCGUGGUGUCAAACAAUAUGGACAUAGCUUAUCUUCCAGAUACCAUUGUAUUUAUCGAAGUUGCAUCAACGGUCAACCAGCAUUUACUUAAAUCUUUACCAAUGGUUGAAUGUCUUAACAGUAAGCAUCUUACGUGGGAUAUAGGAGAACUCAUGGUAUCACAGGAAAUCAAUAGCCCUAUGCAAGUUGUAUGCCAUUACUUACUCGCGUAUGAUACUAAUACGCUUGAUAACAAAGACAUCGUAUUUCAAGUCACAAAUAAUGACACGCCACUCUAG